AUGCUUCUUUUUCACUUUCUCCAAAUUUUCUUCUCAAAUGAGAUUGACCCAUCCACUUAUUCAUUCACAAGUGCUCUCAAAGCUUUGCAGGCAAGAUCAGGAUAUGGUUAUGGUAGGGAAUGCUUGUCACCUAAUGGUUUUGCUCUGAAUUCUAAGUGGAGUGAAGCAGAGAAGUAUAUCUAUAACCCACUUUCAGGAGAGUUUCCAAUGGAGUGUUUGUCCACCAAAACUCUAAGUGGAAGAUCCUUUCCUACUUUAACAAGCAGAUUUACUGUGUCUGGACCUCUUGUUUACUCUUACCAUGCUCGCCUAGCUCAAACCAAGCCUGCUAUAACACAUGAAGAUGAAACUAAAUUUCCAAAUCAAGACAAGAAAAUAGAGAAUAUGAAUACUAUAGAUGCGGGUACUCAAAGUACUCCACCUGAAUUCAGCUCAAGUAGUCCAAGCCCUGCUUCAACACCUUCCAUUAAAGAGAGAGCUUUGAAGCAAUGUGGAAUCGAAAGUCAACUAAUUCCAGUUCAAAACCCAAAUCAGAGGAAGAUCAGAUCGCAUGUCAAUCUUGGUGAGGAUCUCAAUGAACUUAACAGCAAUGAGAAAGAGGGCCACGGGCCUGAGCCUCAGGUACAGGAGCCUCCUCCUCAACCGGCUGUGCAUGCGGCCUCUUCAUCCGGCACUGCUCCUAGUGGGUCAGACAUCGAUAGGAUUCUUGCAGCUUUGGGCCAGAUGAGUACCAGCAUGGCUCAGGGGUUUGAAGGAGUGAACACUAGGCUCGAUGCAUCAGACAGACGCAUGGAGAGCUUCGAGCAGCAAAUGGAGGACUUGCACUCCUACCUCCAUGAUGAGGGCACAGAGGAUGAGCCCAGCAGUGAUGAUGAGAUGGAGCAGUAG